CCGGCAGCUCACAGCGGGCUCUUAUCCCGCUCUAAUAACUUCACCUGUUAUCUCCAGAUGUAAUUAACCUCACGUGAACGGAGCUAUAACGAACCACGCGCUGCCAUAAAGAUGGUCGCAGGGAACGAACCACAUGAACGAGAACUAAGAUAAACGUCUACUGAACUGCACUCCGCUCGAGUGGUUAUGUCAGAAAUAUGUAAUAAUCUCGCUUAGUUUGUUCUGCAUGCAGUAAAAACACGCGGCGCCAAUUAUAAAACAGGGUUUUUGUAUUUAUUCCUAAUGAAAGACCUUGUUUGUCUUGUGUGUGAUUACUGGAAGAUCGGGGAUCCUUAAAGUGAUGUAAGUCUCUUCAGUAUCGUAAAGAGUGAAUAAAAGAAACGAGGAAUUUUAAAGACUUGUCUGUGAUGAUAACUUUGCCACGUGUUGUGGAAAUCGGAAAAUAAUGCGUGUCUGAGAAAGAAAAAAAGAAAAAUAUUUCUUAUACAAACACAAGGCUGUGGAUUUUCAUUAUUUCAUCUCCAGUACUUUCCUGUUAUUCCUUGUAUCAUCUAAUCGACGAAUGAACGACCAAACCCUGGUAAUAUCUUGAUAAAAAUACAAAUGUGAAAAGAUCGCCCAAGUGGCUUCUCGUUACCGUCCUAGUAAAUGCUAUGAUUCAAUUUUGAGAGAAAAAAAGAAUCUGUACUUGACUGGUAUUUUAUUCGAUUCCCAAAAGCUGGAAAAACAAAGCUGACGUUAGAAUUUGAACUCAAAAUUCACCAACUUCUCUCGAAAUCCUGUAAUAUCAGAAGUAAAAAUAAGACUUCUGAAGUUGUGGAACUUUCCAAUGAUUUUGAAGACCCAAGUAUUAUAAGACUGAAACAUCAAUUAAUAGUAACACACAACCAAAUGCUAAUCAAAUACUGCAUGUAAUCCUGCAACCAAACACCAAUUAAAGGUAAUACAUUACUGAAGCACCUGUAAACCAUUGGGAAUUGACUGAGUGCGAUUACUCCCUCAAUGAACAGAAAAUUAGGAAGUAAUUAACAGAGGCUGCACAGAAAAGGCCAUAGAUACAUACUUAUGAAGCUUUCAAAAUGCAAAUGGAAUUGUAACCGAAAACCUGAAGCAAUACAAAUAUUACUCUUUUCCUUUCAACCUGGAAUGGCACCAUUUUUAUUUUGACCCUUCACCCCAUUUUUUUAUUUUUCAUAGAACUUUAUGGAAUUUACUUCACAUUCCAUUUUGGGGCUUGGCUUGGUUUGGUUUUUUACUGCAAAAUAAAUUUGCUUGCAUUAAGAAAUUAUUUCAAGGUUAAAAUGAUGUCAGUUUAAAAUUUCACUAAUAUAUAUAUAUUUUAGAUGAAAUCAGUUUACAUAUGGUUGCUUUUAUCUUAGCUUUAAGAAGUAAUUGAUGUUAGCUUGGUUUUAAAGGCCCAAGGCUAUAGUAGAAGACACUUGCCCAAUGUGCCAUACAGUGGGACUGAACCCGGAACCAUGUGGUUCAUAAGCAAGCUACUAACCACACAGCCACUCCUACGCUUAUAAUGUUUAAUAUUUUUAUUAUUAUACUGUAAUUUGAGGAAUCUCAAUAAUUUGAAGUCAGACUUUUGACUGAAGUGUCCUAAAUUCUUACCCUGUUAACUUUAUUCCAUUCUGCAAAACUAUUCUAGGUCCCUGAGAUAAACCAUUGUGCUGUGUUUUUAAUCUUGAGAACUCACCUUCUAGAAGAAACAUAAUUAAUUUCAGAAGACAUUUAACCAUGAAAUACAAACAGAAGCAGUUGUUUAAGUGUGAAGAUUGUGGUAACACUAUCUCUGUGGAAUCAGACACCUCUUUGAUACCAAACCAAAUAACCAACAAUGUUUUCUUUUGUGCAGUUUGUGGUAAAUCAUUCUCUCCAUAUAAACUUUUAUUAUCAAAAGACCUGCAGAAGAAGAAAGCAAUAAACCCUUAUGGAAUUUGUUGGAAAUCUUCAUUUCAAACUAAAAAAUUUUCCUGUCACCAAACUCUUCGUGGAAAUGAUAAACCGUUUUAUUGUAGAAUCUGUGGUAAGUCUUUCGUCCAAAACUGUGAUUUAAUCCGACAUGUACAGAUUCACACAGGAGAGAAACCUUACCAUUGUGAAAUCUGUGGUCAAAAACUAUCUCGCAGAAGCACGCUAAACGAACACAAAUGGAAUCAUAUGGGAGAGAAACGGUUCCAGUGUGAAAUUUGCGGCGAAAGAUUUACUCGGAACAGUUCUUUCUCGAUGCACAAAAAGAAACACGGCGUGAAUAAACAUCACCAGUGUGAAGUCUGUGGUAAAACAUUCAACGAAGUGAACAGUUUAUCUUGCCAUAAACGUGUUCACACUGGGGAAAAACCGUACCACUGUGAAAUAUGUGGAAAAGUAUUCACACAAAGUAGUGAUUUGACACGUCACAAACGUAUUCAUACAGGAGAUCAACCUUAUACAUGUAUGAUUUGCAAGAAAACAUUUUCUCAGAAUAGCAGUCUUAUUCGGCACAAACGUAUUCACACAGGGGUGAAACCGCACUACUGUGAAAUUUGUGGCAAAACUUUUUGUCAAAAUAGCGAUUUAUCUUCACAUAAGCGUAGUCACACGGGAGAGAAACCAUAUUCUUGUGAGAUUUGUGGUAAAAACUUUUCUGUAAGUAGUCAUUUAUCUCGUCACAAAAAGAUUCAUACAGGAACGGAACCAAUGUGAGGAUUCUUAAAAUAAGAAAGCAGGUAAUUAUAUUAUUUUCUGCUAAAAGUUAUAUCUUUGGAGACGAAACUGCUCAAAUAGGAUAAGAUUCUUCCAAUGUGCAAAAAUUUUGAUUCACUGAUGGUCAAGUAACACUAAAUAAUUAACAACUUGUUCGGUUGCUUUUUUAAAUAUUUUAAAAAAUGUUCUGAGAAAGAAAAAUGAAUUAAAAAGAUAUUUAACCAUGAAAUCACCUCAACAAUACAAACAGAAGACGGUACUGGAUAAUGUAGCUAUCCUGUGCUGAUGACAUCUAUUGAAGCAGAAACAUGCCUACAGAUGCCCUCUUGUCUCUAGACUGUCAGGUUGUCUUUUUCUUAACCUUUUUACUGCAGACAUCAGAUACAUAAACUAAAAACUUCAUCACCCUUAACUACAAAAAACAGUUUUAUAUACCAAUCUAUCUUUUGUUGAAGAAUGUUAUGUUUGAAACCAUUUUCUCUUGAGAUAUGCCAAUUUUAUUUAGUUAAUGUGAUUUGCAGAAAAUACCAAUCAUAUUUUUUGGCAGAUAUUUAACAUCAUUACAAAAAUGAACAUGAAAUUUAACUAUGCAGUUAAAGGGUUGAAUGGCAUGUCAGUUUUGAAGAAUUUUUUAUUCUUGAGAUUAUCUCAUUUGGAGACGGUCCCAAUCAUUCUAUCUUCUCUGGAAGCAGAGAUAAUUUCAAUAAAUCAAAAAUUUAUCUUGUCUACUCUU